AUGGCCGCCCCCGGAGGCGGAGGCGGAGGCGGAGGCGCGGCCGGAGGCGGCGGCGCCGUGGCCAGGGGCGGCGGCACGCUGCUCUUCCUGCUGCUGCUGGCGCUGCGAACAGACUCCCGGCCGGCGGACGAGGCGGAGGUGGAGGACGUUAGCAGCGGCCUGCGCGGUCCCUACUUCGACACCUCGGCGUCUCGCAACGUGACUGCGCUGGUUGGGAAGACGGCCUACCUCAAUUGCCGCGUGCGCAAUCUGGGCAACCGGACGGUUACGUGGAUCCGGCACCGCGACAUCCACCUGCUGACCGUGGGCCGGUACACGUACACGAGCGACCAGCGCUUCCAAUCGCUGCACUCUCCGCAGACGGAAGACUGGAUGCUGCAGAUCCGCUACCCGCAGCGCAGGGACUCCGGCGUGUACGAGUGCCAGGUCAGCACGACGCCGCCCAUCGGACACUCCAUGUACCUCUCCGUCGUGGAGCCCGUGACGACGAUCGUGGGCGAGCCGGACAUGUACAUCUACAAGGGCAGCACCAUCAACCUGACGUGCAUUGUCAAGCACAGUCCGGAGCCGCCACCGGCCAUCGUCUGGACGCACAACACACAGGAGAUCAACUACGACUCGCCGAGGGGCGGCGUGUCUGUGAUCACAGAGAAAGGUGACGUCACGACCAGCUACCUGCUGAUCCAGCGCGCCGACUCCCCGGACUCGGGGAAGUACACCUGCCAUCCUUCCAACGCCAACCUCAAGACUGUUGUCGUUCAUGUGCUCAACGGUGAACACCCGGCAGCCAUGCAGCACGGCGGCCAGCGGGGGCUCCACUCGGGUCCGGCCGCGUCGACGCUGGCGGCGGGCGGCGCCCUCCUGCUGCUGCUGGCCUGCAGCUGA